AUGCUUGGAGCCCUUCUCGUCAUUGCUCUUUCUGGCAGCAAUGUUCUUUUGAGCAUGUCGCAGCCAGCCGCUGUUGAGGACCCCAAGCAGGCUCCAUUACCUUCGAGAUCAAACUGCGAGUUUACCAUGGAGGAAGUGGCUCGGCACAACAGUCAAAGUGAUAUCUGGGGAGUCGUCGAUGGCUACGUCCUUGAUCUCACUAACUUCGUGAAAGACCAUCCUGGUGGCGAGAAGAUCUUUCAGAUAACUCAUGAGAAGCGCUUUUCCUUUGCGCAUGGCCCCAACGCCCACUUUGGAGCCACCUCCGCUGCGUUUGCUGCAGCCUGCAGAGACUUUGAGAGCAAGGGGCGACCGGAGGGCUUCGAGUUCGCCUUUCAGAACUCACGGAAGAACGGUGGCUUAGACAACGCGGGAAGCCUCACGGGCCGAGCCUCCGGACCCGUUGGCACCGUGAAAUUCCUGGGGAAGGUCUCCACAGCCUGA